GUGGCAUUUUAAUUUUAUGUUUAACUAACAAUCGAAAAACACAACAAAGAUAAGCAAAGAGAUAAACAAAUAAAAGCAAGGAACACAAUUGCAAUAGCCUGCUGUAAUAAAAACAAAUUGAUAAAUAGGCCUAAUGUAUUUAAAUAAUUGUAAUCACAACAACUAAAUUCCAAUACAAAAACUAAAACAAACAAAAAACAAAUUAGAAACUAAACUUCGUUCUUUUUAUUUUGGUAUUUAGUCAAUCGAGCGCGUUUGUGUUUUUUGAUAAUGUUUACAAUUUAUUGUAAAUAAUUCAACCGUUUUCUGUUAAUCACAACAUGAAAGUUUUUUCAAUAUUUUUGAUUUGGGGGAACGCGAAAACAAAUAAAUUUAAUGUUAGUAAAAAGCGAAAACGGGACACAGGAAAUGUACUAUGAGGAAAAAGAAAAAACAAAAUGAAACAAUUGAAUUUUUAACUGUUUUUAAUUGUUAGAGUUUGAAAUUUAUAACUAUACAUAAAUAUAAAAAAAAUACAUUUACUUAAUUAUAUGUUCAAUUUGAAAACGCGAGAGACAGUAGCAGAGAUCGCUAGCAAACAAGUGAAAGAAAAAAUUAUUUUAUUUUUAAUAAAUGUUAUAUGAAAAAAGAAAGCAAAAACAAAACAAAAGCAUAUUGUAGUAAUAGAAAAACAAAACGACAAAUAAAAUGUAUUUAUAUUCCAAAAACUGAAAAUACUUAUUAUCUUAUUUAUCAUUUGCUGUUAACGAUGCACUGUUAUCAGUAACAUCUCAUUCACUCCACUAACAUGUACUGUUAAGAAUAACAGCAACAGCGCUUUAAUAAUAAAUUUAUUUAAAUAAAGGAAUAAAACAGUUAUGGUUCCUGCAAUAAAAUCCUGUAACACAAGUCAGCAAAUCAAUUUAAAUAAAAAUUCUGUAAAGUACAUUACAAUUCUAGCUUUUGAAAUUCGAUCUGAGUAUGGCAGUUGAGCUUUUUUCGGAAACCAAGGCUGCCACACCGUUUUUCGAGUGCCAGUGCUGUCACCCCGUUUGAUUUGAAAAUAAAAUACUGCGCCUGCGCCAGGCACGAAUAGGAAAAUCAGAGUACAACCAACAGCAGCAGCAGCAGCAAACCGAGGAGCAGCGCGACCGAGAUGACCCACUUUUCGGUUUUCGCAUUCAAAAUCCAACAACUGCUGUACAAAAUAAAAUUGCACUUCUUUUUCUAAACUAGUAUUUAGUUAAAAAAAUAUAAAAUAAUAAAAAAUAAAAUAAAAACAAAGCGCGCGCGUUGUAUAUUAUGUAAUAUUCAAAAAAAACCCGUUAACUAGUGUAAACUCUAUGCAUUUAUGUAAAUUCUCUAGCGAUAACGUGGAAGUGGAAAGGCGACCUGAAAAAUCAGCAGCAGCCCCAGCAGCAAAUCAAGAAGCAGCAGCAAAAAGUCGUCAAAGGGGCAGCCACAGCAUGCCGUACGAGUCGAUGCACCAUCAUCAGUCGGCGGCCGCUGCGGUGGCAGCCGGCAUAGCGCCAAGCAGCAUGUUGGACGCACUCAGUCUGCAGCUGCGCGAUGCGGAAAUGCGACGCACUGAGAUCGAGCGGGCACAUCAGGAAACUCUGGCACAAAUACGCAAUCUAAGUGGCAAUGCUCGUCCCGACACCGAGGCAGUCGAGAAUCUGCAGUCCCGAGCUCGUGAGCUGGAAAAGAAGGUUGCCUUGGAGAACGUGCACUGCGAGGAGCUGCAAAUUGAGCUGACAGCCGCUCUGAAGGCCAAGGCGGCACGUUCAACCUCCUCGAAUGUGUGUGGCAACAUGAAUGCGGCAGCAGCUUCGAUAUCAACGUCGGCUGCUUAUGGGGCAGGUGCCAGCAUUCCGACCUCGGCCAGCAGCUCCACCGUCACUUGGGCACCGACAAUCAGCCACCAGGACCAAGGCUCCGAGAUUGAUAUCAUAAUGGCCAAGAUUGAGCAGGAUAAUCGCGUUCUGGCCGAGCUGGAGCAACCGCGCACUUCGGCCAGCGCCAGCAUGUCAGCUUUGCCGCCCAGUUCCAUGAUGAACACGGGAAAUAGCGAAUUUAGAACCAUAUCAAAGAGUGAACUCGAGGAAGAACUGAAUCGUUAUAAAAGAGCCGUUUUGGGCAGCGCAUCGGGUGGCGGUAUUUCGGCCAUGUCCUCGGGCUAUUCGAGCCUGCCCCAAUCGUUAGCCUCCACGCUGGCCAAUGGAGGGGCGGGCACAAGCUUGAGCGGCACAAGCGUGGGCUCACACGUUGCUGGUGCCGGUGGCGGUGGCAGCGGCGGCGGCGGUGGCGGACAUUCAUCCAUAUCGGGUCUGGUGCCCAACUCAAUCAGCGGCAUAUCGUCGAGUCUGAGCAGUCAUGCCAUACAAUCUCUACAAUCGGCUGCCUAUGGAGCUGGGCAGACGUCGGUGGAGAAGCUAUUGAGUGGAACUAGUGGAAUAACUGGCAUUCCACCAUUGCCGAGCACAACCAUGCCCCUCCUGUCACUGAACGCGCAUAAUAUGCCGCCCGGCGGCUCCAGCAGCUACUCGGGAUUGGGCAGCGGCAUUGUCGGCUCCUCGUUAACUCAUCCCACCAUGAGCAGCAUCAAUAUGCUCGACACGAGCGCCCUUUUGGGCCUGGGACCCGCUGGCGGUGGCAUAACGGGUGCCACAUCGCUUUAUGGUUUGAGUGCCGGUGGUGCUGGUGGCUUGGGAAGUUCCUCCUAUGGUCCACCCUUUAUGGAUGCCGCCUCGAGCGCCUCGUAUCCAUUCACAUCGGCUGCGCUGCGUCAGGCCUCCAAGAUGAAGAUGCUCGAUGAGAUUGAUAUACCAUUGGCACGGUAUGGUAAUCGCAGUUCCCCCUGCUCACCCAUUCCCGUGCAGCACGGCAGCUGGGGCCUCGAUGAAUUCACCGACGGCCUCGGUGCCUCCAUCAUGCACAAUCGCAGCGGCUUGGCGCUGGGUGCCCUUGACCUAGACACUCGCAACCACGCACUGAAUGGCGCCAGUGAGCCACAGGUGGACAUGUUGGACAUUCCGGGCAAGGGACGCUGCUGUGUCUUCAUCGCACGCUUUCCCUACGAUCCGCCAGAGGAGGCCGAGGGCGAGUUGUCGCUCUGCGCCGGCGACUAUUUGCUGGUGUGGACCAGCGGAGAGCCGCAAGGAGGCUACCUGGAUGCGGAGCUACUGGACGGACGACGGGGCCUGGUGCCCGCCUCGUUUGUGCAGCGACUUGUGGGCGAUGAUUUGCUGGAGUUUCAUCAGGCGGUGCUGUCGACGUUGCGGGACGCCGAGGAUGGAUCCAUGCAGUGCGACACAACGUCGCUGCCUUCCUUGCCGCCGCACAACCCAUUGCUCACACACACGCACGAGGAUCUGGCACGUUUGAGUGAGACGCACACCGAUCUGGAGCACGACCAGGACGACAUAAGCGAUAAUGCUCCAAAGCACUUGACGCUGGAGAGGCAGCUGAACAAGAGCGUGCUCAUUGGCUGGUCACCGCCGGAGCCUGUGGGCUAUAAUCUGAUCGACAGCUAUCAUGUCUAUGUCGAUGGAGUGCUCAAGGUCACGGUGAAGGCCAACGAACGCACACGCGCUCUAAUCGAGGGCGUCGACUCCACGCGGCCGCAUCGUAUUAGCGUACGCAGCGUUACCCAAAACCGUCAGACGUCCAGGGACGCGGCCUGCACAAUGAUCAUUGGACGAGAUACCUCGCACUUGGGCCCCUCGGCGGUGCGCGCCUCGCACAUAACGUGUUCCUCGGCGGUUAUCUCGUGGCUGCCGGCCAAUUCGAACCACCAGCACGUGGUGUGUGUGAACAAUGUGGAGGUGCGCACCGUCAAGCCGGGCAUGUAUAGGCACACAAUAACGGGCUUAGCGCCCAGCACCCAAUACAGGGUGACCGUGCGUGCGAAGCAUUUGCGCGCCGUUGGCCAACAGACGCCGGGCCAACAGAUACCGGGCCGACCCGGUCAGGAGGAGGCACCCGGUGCCUAUGCCGAUUUUCGUACACUGACCAAGGGUCUGCCCGAUCCGCCACAGGAUAUCCAACUUGAGGCUGGUCCUCAGGAUGGCACCAUUCUGGUGACAUGGCAGCCGGUUAACAGACCCACGUCCACGGGGCCUGUAACCGGCUAUGCUGUGUACGCCGAUGGUAAAAAAGUGACGGACAUCAAUUCACCAACGGGCGACCACGCCCUCAUCGACAUUGGCAAACUGGGCGUAUUCAAUCCCCGAGCCGUCACCAUUCGCACCAAAUCACGCGAUUCACAGUCGGCGGACAGUGCGCCCAUUUUGAUACCAAACACAGUGCGUAAUGCUGUCGCCCGUCGGGGACCAAAUCAGAUGGGCAUGGGUCCACAGCUGCCACAGCAGGGUAUCCAUGGCAUGCCCAAUCAGCAGCAGCAAAUGGGCAUGCCUGGCCAGCCUGGUCAAAUGGGGCAGCUGGGACAGCCCCACAUGAUGGGAGGUCAGCAGGAUCACACGCAAUACGAUCCGAACCAAAUGCAGCAGCAAGGAUUACAGCCAGGCCAACAGCCGGUUCAGGGUCAGCCGGGUCAUCAGCCCGACGGCGGCUCCGGCUUGUUAGGUGGCCUGCUCGGGGGCCUCUUCUCGAAACCCACACAGAGUCAAGUGAACCAGAAUGGCUAUCAGCCAGGCGCCACGCAGCGUGGCAUGGUGCCAGGACGACCUCAGGGACCACAGCAACAACAGCAACAGCAACAACAACAACAACCUUAUGGAACACAGGGUGCCAUGGGAGGUCCUCGUUUUCGAGGUCCAGUGCCAGGACAGAUGGGCAUGCAGGGUCAAAUGCCGGGUCAAAUGCCAGGUCAAAUGCCAGGACAGAUGCCAGGACAGAUGCCGGGUCAGAUGCCGGGUCAAAUGCCAGGACAAAUGCCAGGUCAAAUGCCUGGACAGGGUCAAAUGAUGGGUCAGGUGCCAGGUCAAAUGGGUCCACGUGGUCCACUCAACCAGCAGCAACAACAACAACAACAUAUGCAGCAGGGUCAGUUGAUGCCAGGUCAACAGCCAGGUCAACAACCGGGUCAACAUCAACAACAACCGGGUCAACAACAACAACAACAACAAAUGCCUGGAGCACAGAAGAAGCCACGUUAUUUUGUGGCCAUGUUCGAUUACGAUCCAUCGACAAUGAGUCCCAAUCCCGAUGGAUGCGAUGAGGAACUGCCAUUCCAAGAGGGUGACACGAUCAAGGUGUAUGGUGAUAAGGAUGCCGAUGGCUUCUACUGGGGCGAGUUGCGAGGCAGGCGGGGCUACGUGCCCCACAACAUGGUCAGCGAGGUGGAGGACACCACGGCCCAGCUGACAGGUGGACAGAUGCAAAUGUCCGGCAACAUGCAGACUGGAGCCACCCCUGGUACGGCUCAAGUGAUGCCCGGUCAGGUUGUUCCUCAGCAGAGCAUGCGCAAUGUGAGCCGGGAUCGUUGGGGUGACAUCUAUGCGAAUAUGCCCGUGAAACGGAUGAUCGCCCUCUACGACUAUGAUCCUCAAGAGUUGAGUCCGAAUGUGGAUGCCGAGCAGGUGGAGUUAUGUUUCAAGACGGGUGAAAUCAUACUCGUUUAUGGUGAUAUGGAUGAAGAUGGUUUCUACAUGGGCGAACUGGAUGGUGUCAGAGGCCUGGUGCCGUCAAACUUCCUUGCCGAUGCGCCCGAUCAGUACAACAACAAUCAAAUGGGACCCGGCGGCGUUGCCGGACGUGGCAGCCUCAGUCAGCGGGGCAGGGGUCAGGGACCUGGGGCAAGGGGACCACCGCCGCCGCCUCGAGACAACAUGAUGCCCGGCGUGGCUGGUCAACGUGGUCAACAAGGCAAAAAUGCUCGCCCUGCUUCCCCUACACUGUUAGACAACACGGGCCACCCUGCCCCCGAUCACCAAACGCAGAUGAUCGGCCGCGUUGGUAAUGUUGGCCUGCAACAGCAGCAACUACAACAGCAACAGCAGCAACAACCGUAUGGUCAGCAACAGCAGACGCAACAACAACAGCAACAACAGCAACAACAUCAACAACAUCAGCAGCAAAUGGGCAUGGGACAAACUGGAAUGAUGGGUAUGCCACAACAGCAGAUGGGUCAGCAGAUGGGUCAACAGAUGGGUCAACCGAUGGGUCAACCAAUGGGUCAACAAAUGGGUCAACAGGUGCCUGUAACGACGCAGGCGCCAACGGGCGGACUUUUCUCAGGUGCAACUAGCCUGCUAUCUGGUGCUACUUCGGCUGCCACCGGUGGUCUAUUUGGUUCAAAGCAAGCGCCCAAAACGGAUCCAAUGCAACCACCGAUGGGUGUGCAGCCAACGCAGCAACAACAACAGCAACAGCAACAACAACAACAGCAACAACAGAUGCAAAUGGGUAUGCAACCUGGUAUGCAACCAGGUAUGCAACCUGGUAUGCAACCUGGUAUGCAACCAGGUAUGCAACCAGGUAUGCAACCUGGUAUGCAACAGCAACAACAAGUGCCACCGCAACAACAGCAACAACAACAACAACAACAGCCACCGCCACAAGGUCCGGGCGCCGGUCUGCUGGGCGGUCUUAAGGGCAUCGCAGCAGCGGCGCCCGGCGGCGAUGUCCUAUCGAAAGGCAAAGAUCUAUUUGGCAAAUUUGGUUUUGGCUUUGGCAAAUAACCCCGGUCAUUCCAUAGGAUCCUGUUAUAUUAUUUGUAGA